CGGGGCGCUUUGCAUUCUCUCGCUGUGUGUGGGUAUACAGUGUGUACGCAGCUGUGCUCUCUUGCGGAGUGUGUUUUUUUCACCAUCCUCCGGUGGAGGGGGCCCGUGCAACCGAAUACAGCAUGUAGGACCUGGAUCACCUCGGUGUCUCAAGACGCGUUCCCCCGGGAUCAAACGGAAAAACGGAUUGUAUUACCCAUUGUUUAUGGACUGUUAUUAACGGACGCCAGCAGGGAUAUAACGUGGGAUUUUAACAGCUGGAUAAGGGAGGGGAGAGGGGGUUUGUCCUCGGUAAAUGAGCGGAGAGGAAGCUUCCAUUUUGAGAGAAUCAUGGCGAGCGACUCCCCGGCCCGGAGUCUGGAUGAGAUAGACCUGUCAGCACUAAGGGACCCAGCUGGUAUAUUUGAACUAGUGGAGUUGGUGGGAAAUGGAACCUACGGUCAGGUCUACAAGGGUCGCCAUGUCAAAACUGGCCAGCUUGCCGCUAUCAAAGUUAUGGACGUCACUGGCGAUGAGGAAGAGGAGAUUAAAGCAGAGAUCAACAUGUUGAAGAAGUACAGCCAUCAUCGGAACAUUGCUACCUAUUACGGUGCCUUCGUCAAGAAGAAUCCUCCUGGCAUCGACGACCAGCUAUGGUUGGUGAUGGAGUUCUGUGGGGCAGGCUCGGUGACAGAUCUGAUUAAGAACACCAAGGGGAACUCUCUGAAGGAGGAGUGGACUGCCUACAUCUGCCGAGAGAUCCUCAGGGGUCUGACCCAUCUCCACCAACACAAGGUCAUCCACAGAGACAUCAAGGGUCAGAACGUCCUGCUGACAGAGAACGCAGAGGUCAAACUGGUGGACUUUGGAGUGAGUGCCCAGUUGGACCGUACGGUGGGGAGGAGGAACACGUUUAUAGGGACGCCAUAUUGGAUGGCUCCUGAAGUCAUCGCCUGCGACGAGAACCCUGAGGCCACCUACGACUUCAAGAGUGACCUGUGGUCUCUGGGUAUUACGGCUAUAGAGAUGGCAGAAGGAGCACCGCCACUGUGUGACAUGCACCCAAUGAGAGCUCUCUUCCUCAUCCCCAGAAACCCCGCCCCCAGACUCAAGUCUAAGAAGUGGUCUAAGAAGUUUCAGUCGUUCAUUGAGAGUUGCUUGGUGAAGAGUCAUGGUCAGAGACCCAGCACAGAGCAGCUGUUGAAGCACCCCUUCAUCAGAGAGCUGCCCAACGAACGACAGAUCCGCAUCCAACUGAAGGACCAUAUCGACAGAACCAAGAAGAAACGUGGAGAGAGGGAUGAAACAGAGUAUGAGUACAGUGGCAGUGAGGAAGAGGAGGAGGAACGGGACAUGGGGGAACCAAGCUCCAUCAUCAACGUCCCUGGAGAGUCGACGUUAAGGCGGGACUUCCUGCGGCUGCAGCUGGCCAAUAAGGAGCGUUCUGAGGCUCUGCGGAGGCAGCAGUUGGAGCAACAGCAGAACGAGGAACACAAACGUCUCCUGUUGGCAGAGCGACAGAAACGCAUAGAGGAGCAGAAAGAGCAGAGGAGGAGACUGGAGGAGCAACAGCGUAGGGAGCGUGAGAUGAGGAAGCAACAGGAGAGAGAACAGAGGAGACGCUAUGAAGAGAUGGAACAACUACGGAGAGAUGAGGAGAGGAGGCACGCAGAGAGAGAACAGGUACACACACAGGAGUAUAUCCGUAGGCAGCUGGAGGAGGAGCAAAGACAGCUGGAGAUUCUACAGCAACAACUACUCCAGGAGCAGGCUCUAUUGAUGGAGUACAAGCGUAAGCAGAUGGAGGAGCAGCAUCAGGCUGAGCGUCUCCAGAGACAGCUGCAACAGGAGAGAGCCUACCUGGUGUCCUUACAGCAGCAGCAGCAGCAGGAGCCACGGCCACAAGACAAGAAACAGCUGUAUCACUACAAAGACACAGCCCCUAAUAACGACAAACCUGCCUGGGCCAAGGAGGUACUGCGUCAAACCCAGAGUAGCUCACCUCAUAUUCCUCCCAUUAAGCACCAGUCCUUUAACCAGCCCCGACACUCCUCCUGUUCCCUGGUUUACACCCCCUGCUCCCAUCCCCCCUCCUACCCUGCCCAAUCAAGUCCCUCCAGGGAGAGGCUUCUCCAAUCUGAAGACAAUAGUGUGACCUUUCCGUGUAUACGUGUGUCCUUCGCCCCUGAUCCCGCCCCUGACUCCUUUCAUCCAAUCAUGCGUCGCCCUGAGGCCAGAAGGAAGAGCUCUGAGGGAGAAGUUCAGGAGUUGAGGGGGAGGUGUCCAGGUCGAUUGGUGGAGGAGCGUUCCAAGCUGAACAGACAGAGUUCUCCAGGUCUGCAUCAUAAAGUGUCCAACCGUAUUUCCGACCCAUCCCUGCCUCCCCGAUCCGAGUCCUUCAGCAGCGGGGGCAUUCAGCAGGCCCGAACACCACCCAUGCACCGCUCUACAGAACCACAGAUGGCCCACCUGGUACAGGUGAAGUCCCAUGGUCUGUCUGGGUCCCAGUCUCUCCAUGACCCUGCAGGGGUCACAGGCUUGUCGCCCUCCCCGUCCCCCUCCCCCGGCCGCCCCCCCAUGCCCCGCCAGAACUCUGACCCCACCUCAGACACCCCUUCUCCUAUUCCUCUCCCCCGCCUCGCUCCCCCACUCGACAAACUGGACCGCAACUCCUGGCUACGAACGGACCUAGACCUACCUCCUAAGGUGCCCCAGAGGACCACGUCUAUCUCUCCAGCCCUGGUCAGGAAGCACUCUCCUGGGAGUGGACCUGGGGGCCUUGCUCCUAGAGCUGGAUCACACCUGAUACGGGCCAGUAACCCAGACCUGCGGAGGACUGAUGUCUCCAUGGAAACAACCCUGAAGAGGACAAGCAGCAGCAGCUCAUCCAGCUCCUCCCAGGGUGGAAGCAACGAGAGAGGGGCGGAGGGGUCUAUGGCGCCGCCCCAGGAGACCAAAGAAGAGAACAGAGAUGUGACACUGACACGACCUAGCAGGCCCGCAAGCUAUAAGAGAGCUGUAGAUGAGGACCUGACGGCUCUGGCCAAGGAGCUGAGGGAGCUGCGCCAGGGGGAGGAACCUAACCGCCCGCCCGUCAAGGUGACGGACUACUCCUCGUCCAGUGAUGAGUCACAGAGCGACGAGGACGGAGAGGAGGGAGGGGGAAGAAGUAACGACGGCUCUGUGUCUGUCAGCGACAUCCCACGCAUCAUGCCGGCUGCAGGGCAGAGUGGAGGUGAGUCGUACUGUGUGAUGGGAGGACAUGAUGAUUCCCACGGCAACAGUUCCCAAGACAGCUCCCUGAUGAUGAGAGAGACCUAUGGGGACAGGAGGCGGAGCUCCGCUCUCGCUGACAGCAACGGUUUCUUCGGCAACGCCAAUCUGCCCGAUCUGGUGCAGCAAAGCCCUUCCCCCCUGGUCUCCCCUGGCAAUGGCUCUGGGCGCAGCCACUCCGAAUACGGCAUGGGCAGUGGCUCCAAGUCCUCCUCCUUCACACCAUUUGUUGAUCCACGAGUCUACGGAACCUCCCCCACUGAGGAUGAUGAUGAUGAAAACUCUGCGUCCGCCCACUUUGCGAACGAGCUGCUGCUUCAGGAGCAGGCCAGACUGAACGAGGCCAGAAAGAUCAGCGUGGUCAAUGUGAACCCGACCAACAUACGACCUCACAGCGACACGCCUGAGAUACGCAAAUACAAGAAACGCUUCAACUCUGAGAUACUGUGCGCUGCUCUCUGGGGUGUGAACCUGCUGGUGGGGACAGAGAACGGUCUGAUGUUGCUGGACCGCAGUGGUCAGGGGAAGGUCUAUAACCUGAUCAACCGCCGACGCUUUCAACAGAUGGACGUUCUGGAGGGCCUCAACGUCCUGGUCACCAUAUCAGGGAAGAAGAAUAAGUUGCGUGUGUACUACCUGUCCUGGCUGAGGAACAGGAUAUUACACAACGACCCCGAGGUGGAGAAGAAGCAGGGCUGGGUCACUGUAGGAGAGCUGGAGGGCUGUGUGCACUACAAAGUUGUGAAGUAUGAGAGGAUCAAGUUUCUGGUCAUCGCUUUGAAGAACUCAGUGGAGAUCUUUGCCUGGGCACCCAAACCCUACCACAAGUUCAUGGCUUUCAAGUCGUUCACUGACCUGCAGCACCACCCCCAGCUGGUUGACCUGACGGUGGAGGAGGGUCAGAGGUUAAAGGUUAUCUAUGGCUCCAGCGUCGGGUUCCAUGUCAUUGAUGUCGACUCUGGCAACCCUUAUGACAUCUACAUUCCCUCCCACAUUCAGAGUCAGGUGACGCCCCAUGCCAUCGUGGUGCUGCCGCGGACCGACGGGAUGGAGAUGCUGCUGUGUUACGAGGACGAGGGCGUCUAUGUCAACACCUACGGACGCAUCACUAAAGACGUGGUGCUGCAGUGGGGAGAGAUGCCUACAUCUGUUGCCUACAUCCACUCCAACCAGAUCAUGGGCUGGGGAGAGAAGGCCAUUGAGAUCCGCUCCGUGGAGACGGGACACCUCGACGGAGUUUUCAUGCACAAGCGAGCUCAGCGACUGAAGUUCCUGUCGGAGAGGAACGACAAGGUGUUUUUCGCCUCUGUGCGUUCUGGCGGCAGCAGCCAAGUCUUCUUCAUGACCCUAAACCGGAGCUCUAUGAUGAACUGGUAACCCUGGCAAACCCUCCUCCUUACUUCUUCCCUCCAUACUGUACAUACCUAACCAGAGGUCAGGGUGGAGGGAUGAAGAGAGAGAACUGAGACAGACGAGUGAACACAGAGCGGCUGGCGGCUCAGCAGAGAUGGGAGGAGAGAAACAGUCUCCCAUCCAGGCAGACAUCUGCAGUAGCAACCUACAACCACAAGAGGAACCAGAGAGGAACAGCAACUCCAGAUCACGCUCAGACAACACUCGUUCUCUCUGUUGUCUUAGUUUCUCUCAGGCUCUGUCUGAGAUGCCCCCCUAUUUCCUACAUAGUGCAAUACUUUUGGUCAGAGUAGGCAUUUUGGACGUAGCCUCAGUGUUUAUCCCAGGUGUUUUUGUCUUUGGGAGGUAGUGACAGGAUGUGCUAGUGUAGUCUCCCUAAUGGGGUCAGGGGUCAGCGACCAAGGGUAUUGUCAUGACCCCUGACCUUUGUGUAUAUAUGGUGGGGGUGAGUGUAGAUUCCUGACUGCUGGAGCAGUUUAAAAAAUAUCAAUAUUGUCACCAAUGGUCACCAAAAAAAUGAUACUCUUGGCAUAGAUGCCAUUCUUGUUCUAGUUCACCUGUGCUCUCCACUUUCUCUGCGAAUGUUCUAUUUGACAGUCAAUCUAUUUGCCGUAUUUCUAUCUUUACACAUUUGUAAAUGCCACAUUAUAUGAUAUGAAACAGACCUGCUUUCCUAUCGGACACUCUUCCACUGAGACAGAACAACAGAGGACAGAAAAGGAAGACAGAAGAUGAUGAGAGACCGAGAGCAAUCUGAGUUUGUUUAGUUUAUCUUCCUCCUUAAUUUCAGCCUGUUUUGGUGGGAGUUUUGGCCUUCCAUGGUGACAUCACUAUUUUUGUAAAUUAGUUAGACCAAUAAGAGAGUUCCAAUCCUUUCUGCCAAUAGCAGCUAAUUUUGUUUCCCCCUUACCACUCCCAGACAGUACUAGCAAAAUUCUUACUUAAGAAAUGUUUAUUUUUACCAUUUUAAUAGAAAACAAUCACAGGUACUUAAUUGUUACCCAGAAAUGAUUUGAUAUGGAGAUAAAAAUGUCUGCAUGGAACAGACGUAUGGCUUGGUUAAUGGUCAGACUUCUUCCUACACACCACCUCUUUUCUCCAGCUCUUCCAUUGUCUCCUUUGGUUCACCUGGUUCUGUACAUGGUGCGUAGUGACACAUCUGUCUCUGUUGGUUCACCUGCUUCUGUACAUGUGCAUAGUGACACCUAUACUGCUCGUCAUCAUCAAUCCUGACUUCUAAACUAAGGCAAUACACAGGUCUAACUGGAGAGAUGCAAGUUUGGGACUAUUAACUUUCCAAAAUGAGACCCACCAUGUUAGCGUCAGUCAGGACCUUACACUGGGGUCGUUUAAAUGUACUCAAAACUAGCUUUAGACGGCCAGGUAGAAUGACCACACUAUGAAUCUCCACCAUUAAGUUGAAUCACGUGUAGUCUUCUAGGAUACAGUGUCUGACUCUGUAACAUAAGAUCUGCCAAGGUAGUUGGUGAAAGUGGACAAGGGUGUCUGUGUGUACUGAACCAAUGAUGAUGAUUGACUACUGAUGUGGCGUUGUAUGUAACACAGGGUAAUAGGCAUGAGCCUACUCCAUCCACUAAUCGCUUACCUCUUCGGUCGUCAUAGAUCUGAAAGGACUGGAUAAAUGUGUGACCGACCGGUGUAUGAACCUGGGUCGGCAGAACUCUUGCUUUUUCCUAUCUAGUUCUGUCAGAUCUGUGAAUACUGCAGGAGUAUAGGUUAGAGAGAAGGGGUUGAUUCCAAGAAACCGUAGGAGAAAUAUGAUUAAGCAUUUCAUUAUAUCUGACUGAUCAUUUAGAAAAAGACAGCCAUCAUGUUCAUACUAUAAGGCUUUCUACAGAAUAGAGAAAAUGGUUUAAGGGAUUUCUAAAAUGUUUUUAUCGUGGUAUAAUUUGUAUUUAAAUAUUUUGUAAGUAUCAGAGUAUGUGUGUGCAUAUGAGACUUGUCUUCCCUGCUAACAGUACAGGAUUAAACUCUGCCACUGUUAAGGCCGUCUGUGUGUUGAGUGACUGAGUGCGUGCUCUCAUCUCAUCUGAAUCACUGGGACAAUAACCCCGCCCCCAGACUGGUACUCCACUCCACUAUGUGAUGUUGAAAUGUAACUGUCCUUCCUUGUACAGACAUGAUUACAGAGACGUCCUCUACUGCUUUACUUUACUGUCUGGAUGUCUUCUGAAAUCUAAAAUGCACAGCAGCACCAUCACACACUGUUGGCCAAGUAAUUCCCUCCCUGCCAACUUUGUCUCCCAUCUUGUGCUCCCUAACACACACAUUAUUCUAUCAGAGGUGCCGGUACUCAAGCUGUAGCAAAUGAGAAGAGCCUGAUCUCUGUACCAGUACCGGUCAGCACCAGCCCACUUCAACCACUGGUCUGAGAGCAGUUCUCCAGUGUUCUGUUCUGGUUGUCUGCAUGUAAAAGUGUGGGGAGAGCAGAUCAGGACUGACUGCAGUAGGCCUUCUCAUAGCUUCUUUAGACUUUUUUUGGCCUCAAAGCUCACAUCACAAAUAUUUGUUUUUCAAUUAGUGAAAACAUUGAUAAGGGAACACAAUGUUAGGCUGGUAUGUGUACACUGGAUCCUAGUGUCCUUACAGUUUAGUAAUGUUUAGUAAUAGUAACUAACUACUGACUUAAUGUUCUGGCACAGAGGGAGGUAGUGUGUAUGGCUGAUGAGCUUGGAUACAUGUGAUUACUGAUGGUGAUUAAUGUGAUUGUGGAUGCUUUUUGUUUGGACUUUUCAAUGUAACCUACUGACACACACACUUCAUGUUUCCAAAUGACAACACGCAUUAAAGAUGUGCUGUGUGAAUGA